UGCUAUGCUAAAACGAAGAAUCACGUGACAAAACAUGGCCUCUGCUCCAAAUUGCAGGACUUGAUUUUCCGACAAGGAAUUAGAAUAUAUUUCGUAAUAACUUAAUGCCUAGUUUUUUUAAUCACGUCAGAUAGUUUGCAAAGCAAUGCAGAAGAUAAAAUCCCUAAUGACCCGUCAGGGUCUCAAAAGUCCACAGGAGAGCAUGACAGACCUGAGCCCCGUCGAGAACUUCAGGAUUCCCAGCAAGGAGGAGCUGAGGGAGAUGAGGGAGCAGCCCGUGGACCCGCAGGCCGAGCAGGAGAUCAUCGACGGCAUCGAGGAGGUGUAUUUCUCCGGCGACUCCUUCGACAUGGUCCGGCACGAGCUGGAGAAACUGCCACCGGAUCUUAACCUUCAAGAAUUGGAGGAAUACAGGGACAAACUGAAGAGCCAGCAGGCUGCGGUUUCCAAGAAGGUGGCCGACCUCAUCCUGGAGAAGCAGCCCUCCUACGUCAAGGAGCUGGAGCGGGUGACUUCUCUGCAGACCAACCUGCAGCUGGCGGCGGUGAUCUGCACCAACGCGAGAAGGCAGCUGAGUCUGGCAAAGGAGGGUUUCACCGGAGCCAGCCUGGGGCUCCUGGCCAAUCAGAGGAGGAGGCAGCUGCUGACGGGCCUGCUGAAAUCGCUGAGGACCAUAAAGACCCUGCAAAGGACUGAUGUGAGAUUGAGCGAAAUGUUGGAGGAGGAAGAUUAUCCAGGUGCAAUACAGUUAUGCUUGGAAUGCCAAAAAGCCGCCAGCACGUUCAAACACUAUAGCUGCAUAAGCGAAUUGAAUUCAAAGCUUCAGGACACUCUGGAACAAAUAGAGGAGCAACUGGACGUGGCCUUGUCGAAGACCUGCAAGCACUUCGACGUCACCCACUACACCAAAGUCCAGCUGGCGUACACGCUGCUGGGGAAGACGCAGACCGCUAUGGAUCAGCUGCACAUGCACUUCACCCAGGCCAUCCACAACACGGUGUUCCAGGUGGUGCUGGGAUACGUGGAGCUGUGCGCCGGGAACGCGGACACAAAGUUCCAGAAGAUGCAGUACAAAGACCUGUGCACGCACAUCACUCCGGACAGUUACAUUCCAUGUCUGACUGACCUGUGCAAGGCAUUAUGGGAAGUGAUGCUCAGCUACCAUCGGACCAUGCAGUGGCACGAAGAGCACGACAGCGAGGACGCGGCCCCCGCCCCAGAUGGCGGCGGCGCGGCGGGUGCGGACGAGUCCAACUUUGGCCGCAGCUACGUGAAAAAGAAGCUGGAACACGGGCUGACUCGGAUCUGGCAGGACGUCCAGCUGAAAGUGAAGGCCUAUUUGCUGGGCACGGAUAUGUCCAACUUCAAGUACGACGACUUCAUCUUCGUGCUGGAUAUUAUCAGCAGGCUCAUGCAGGUGGGAGUGGAGUUUUGCGGCAGCAAGUCGGAGGUCCUGCAGGAGUCCAUCAAGAGGCAGAGCGUCAACUAUUUCAAGAACUACCACAGGACUCGCCUGGAGGAACUGCGGAUGUUUCUGGAAAACGAAACGUGGGAACUGUGCCCCGUCAAGUCGAACUUCAGCAUCGCGCAGCUGCACGAGUUCAAAUUCAUGGGCCAGUCCCGCUCCCCGUCCGUGUCCCCCAGCAGGCAAACGUCGGCCGGCAAGCCCGCGGACGUCUCCCUUUUCGAGCAGUACUACCAGGGAGGGAACCCCUUCGAGGUGCAGAUCGACAACAAGGAGGACGAGACGGAGGACGUGCUCGCCUCCAAUGGGUACGAGUCGGACGAGCUGGAGAAGAACGUGUACCAGGACUACGACAGCGACAGCGACGUGCCCGAGGAGCUGAAGAGGGACUACGUGGACGAGCAGACCGGGGACGUGCCCGUCAAGAGCGUGUCUCGGGAAACCCUGAGGAGCCGAAAGAAGUCCGACUACAGCCUUAAUAAGGUGAACGCCCCCAUCCUGACCAACACUACCUUGAAUGUAAUCCGGCUGGUUGGGAAGUACAUGCAAAUGAUGAACAUUCUGAAGCCCAUUGCCUUCGACGUCAUACACUGCAUGUCCCAGCUCUUUGACUACUACCUGUAUGCGGUCUACACCUUUUUCGGACGGAACGAUAUGUAUGAAUCAUCGGGGCUGGGGCUCAUCAGCAGCAGACUGCGGACCACGCUCAACAGGAUCCAGGAGAGCCUCAUCGACGUGGAGGCGGCGGCGGAGAGCGCGGGCGGCCACGCCCCGUCGGAGGAGCGGAAGGAGAAGGUGCCCAGCCCCCACCUGAGCCAGCUGGUGGUGCUGACGGCCAGCGGGACGCUCUACGGCCUGGCCGAGCGGGUGGUGGCCACCGAGUCGCUGGUCUUCCUGGCCGAGCAGUUUGAGUUCCUGCAGCCCCAUCUGGACACGAUGAUGCCCGCGGUCAAGAAGCCCUUUCUGCAGCAGUUCUACUCCCAGACCGUGUCCACCGCCAGCGAGCUGCGCAAGCCGAUUUACUGGAUGGUGGCGGCCAAAGCCAUAGAUUACGAGCAGAUGCUGCUGCUCAUGGCAGGAGUCAAAUGGGACAUCAAGGAAAUAAUGUCGCAGCACAACGUGUACGUGGACGUCCUUUUGAAGGAGUUUGAGCAGUUCAACAAGAGGCUGGGGGACGUGUCCAGGCACGUCAGGAUCCCCCUGCCCGUGUCCAACGUCCUGUGGGAGCACUGCAUCCGACUGGCCAACCGGACCCUGGUGGAGGGCUACGCCAACGUGAAGAAGUGCAGCAACGAGGGCCGCGCCCUCAUGCAGCUGGACUUCCAGCAGUUCCUGACGAAGCUGGAAAAGCUGACCGACAUCCGCCCCAUUCCUGACAAGGAGUUCGUGGAGACCUACAUUAAGGCCUACUACCUGACCGAGAACGACAUGGAGCAGUUCAUCAAGAACCACAGGGAGUACUCCAUGAAGCAGCUGACCAACCUGGUGAACGUCUGCCUGGGCUCCCACAUCAACAAGAAGGCGCGGCAGAAGCUGCUGGCCGCCAUCGACGACAUCGACCGGCCCAAAAGAUAGUCGCGGCCGCGGCGGCAGCCCCGGGGGACGACGCGGCCGACCUCCGAGGGAGAGGCGCGCCGAGGCCCGGAGCGGGAGGCGCGCGGCUCGGACGAGAACGCCGCCACGCGCGGGCGCGCCGUGCAUGCUAAAGCUUCUUCAGACGUCGCCGUCACAGGCAGACGCGCUGCUUUCCCGCUGCAACUGCUUUCCUGUUUUUCUUUGGGGCUUUGUUUCCUCCGGUGUGUACGUAGAGUGUUCUGUUUUUGAGACUGGCGCAUUAAACCCUGUGUGCUGAAGCCGCCAUUGGUAAAAAAAAAAAAGUCUGUUCCCACUUCGUUCAACUUUGUCAAUGAAGGGUUCGCAUAGAGGGUCCAAAGUGUCUAUCGAUUGUUACAUGCGACUGCUUCUGGUCAUGUUUUGUAAAAUGCAGGGUUUAUGCUGUAUGAUAUCUUUUGGUACAUCCAUCCUUCGUCCAUUGAUUCUUGUUUUUUUUGUUUUUCUGUGAACAAGUUCAGAAAACUUGGCUGUAUCUGAUUAUCUUAACGGACGUGUAAGAACUACACGCAAUUAAACUGGCAUAGGUUGGUCUCA